CUCCCUCUCCUCUGCUCCAUUUAUGUACCCACACCUCUUUUUCUUAUCUUCUUAAUUAAUUCUUUAUCUCUUGCAAUAUGCCUCCAGCCUCGCCCGAUUUCUCCAGCUCUGUCAAGCUUAAGUAUGUUAAGCUUGGCUACCAAUACGUUGUGGAUCAUUUUCUUACUCUCUUGUUGGUUCCUGUCAUGGUUGGUAUCCUUAUUGAAGUUGUUCGUUUAGGCCCUGAAGAGAUUGUUAACCUAUGGAAUUCCCUCCAUUUUGAUCUUAUUCAGAUAUUGUGCUCUUCUUUCUUCAUCAUUUUUAUUGCCACUGUUUACUUCAUGUCCAAGCCACGAUGCAUCUACCUUGUGGAUUAUGCAUGCUACAAGCCUCCUGUGACUUGCAGGGUUCCUUUUGCUACUUUCAUGGAGCACUCCAGGUUGAUUUUGAGCAACAAUCCUAAGAGCGUGGAGUUCCAGAUGAGGAUUCUGGAACGGUCUGGGCUGGGUGAAGAGACUUGUUUGCCUCCUGCUAUUCAUUACAUCCCUCCAAAGCCAACCAUGGAGGCCGCUAGAGGCGAGGCUGAGGUUGUUAUUUUCUCAGCUAUGGAUUCGUUGUUCAAGAAAACGGGGCUGAAACCUAAAGACAUAGAUAUUCUUAUUGUCAACUGCAGUCUCUUCUCCCCUACGCCAUCUUUGUCUGCUAUGGUGAUCAACAAAUACAAGCUGAGGAGUAACAUUAAGAGCUUUAAUCUUUCGGGAAUGGGGUGCAGUGCGGGGCUUAUCUCCAUUGAUUUAGCUCGGGAUCUUCUCCAAGUACACCCGAAUUCUAAUGCAGUUGUUGUCAGCACAGAGAUCAUCACUCCCAACUACUACCAGGGGAAUGAAAGAGCUAUGCUCCUUCCCAACUGUCUCUUCCGCAUGGGUGGCGCAGCAAUCCUGUUGUCGAACCGCCGCUCAGAGAGGCGGAGAGCCAAGUACCGACUUGUCCACGUUGUUCGAACCCACAAAGGGGCUGAUGACAGGGCCUACCGAUGCGUGUUUGAAGAAGAAGACAAAGAAGGCAAAGUUGGGAUAUCAUUAUCGAAAGAUCUCAUGGCUAUAGCUGGAGAGGCUUUAAAAUCCAACAUUACCACAAUAGGGCCUUUGGUGCUUCCAGGGUCGGAACAACUCCUAUUUCUUCUCACUCUGAUCGGGCGUAAAGUCUUCAACCCCAAGUGGAAGCCUUAUAUCCCAGACUUCAAGCUGGCGUUUGAGCACUUCUGCAUCCAUGCUGGAGGGCGAGCAGUGAUAGAUGAACUGCAAAAGAACCUGCAGCUGUCAGCAGAACACGUAGAGGCAUCCAGGAUGACAUUGCACAGAUUCGGAAACACCUCCUCCUCAUCCUUGUGGUACGAGAUGAGCUACCUUGAGGCAAAAGGGAGGAUGAAAAAGGGAGAUAGGAUUUGGCAGAUUGCUUUUGGGAGUGGAUUCAAGUGUAACAGUGCGGUAUGGAAGUGCAAUCGAACCAUCAAAAAACCAACAGAUGGGCCUUGGGAGGAUUGCAUCCAUAGGUAUCCCGUUCAUAUCCCUGAAGUUGUCAAGCUCUAGACAGCUUCUUCAUUCAUGGCCUUCCUUCUUUGCCUUUAGUACUUUGCUAAAAUCAUCAUCAUCAUCAUCAUCAUCUACUUCUUAUCCUACUCCAUCUCUGCCUUUAUAUUUCUCCUCUGUAUUUUUCUUAGCUCCUACUCAUUUGUCUCUCCUCUUCCUUUUCCAUUUUCUCUUUUCAAGUCAUGAAUUCACAUAGAUACCAAAUAUGAUCACAUUUAUGUGUUGACUAAAUGUAUCCCUUGCAAGGGAAUGAAAAAACAGUGUGGAAACAGGUUGGAUUAGCUCCUUGAAAUAAACCUGGAAUAUUUAACAGAAAAUGCUAUAUAUGUGCUUGAUUGUACAAAGAAAAAAAAAAGAAAGUUAUAGCUAAAUUUGUCCAUCAUAAUAAUAGUCUUUUUUUCCCUCA